AUGUCAAAUUACGGUGGUGAAUACAAUGGCCAGCAUGCCCAGGGUUCCUAUCCACCUCCUCGAGCCCACUCUCAAGACCCAUACCUCUACGGCCCUACAUACGGACCAGGAGUACCUAAGGCUCAAGACCAUCAAGCGUUACCAUACCACUUCCACCAGAGCCAGGGUUAUGGCGAGAAUUACUCCUACUACAAUGACGCCCCACCCCCGGGUGCAGAGGGCGCUGCUCCUGGUGCCGAGGCACCAGAUGGUGAGAAGGGUCUCGGAUCAACCGUUGCAGGCAGUGCGGCUGGGGGAUAUGCAGCCCAUAAAAUGGGUGGUGGAAAGCUGGCUACCACAGGAGGUGCAGUCCUUGGGGCUGUAGGUAUGAACAUGGUUAGCCACAAGCUGAAACAGAACAACAGCCAGCAACCUGCCCAGACUGUUACAGCCAUCCCCGUCGCGGCAGCCCCCGUUUUCGGCGCUACUACCGUUUUGACGAACGACGGUCUCGGUGGACGCCUGGGUCUGGGAUCGGAUUUGGGUGUAGGUGGCGGUCUUGGUCUCGGUCGAUCUCGUCGGAGGAUUGCCCGUAGGCGACUUGACUUUUAA